CACCCCUCGCUUCGCGCACCCCCAGCAGUCGGCAGGCUGGGAGCAAAGUGUGACCUUCAGUAAAAUACCAUAUAUGCUGCAGUACUUGGAUGCUUCAAGGUAUGGAUGGGAAGAAAUGCAGCGUAUGGAUGUUCUUACCUCUUGUGUUGACACUGUUUACCUCAGCAGGACUGUGGAUUGUAUAUUUUAUAGCAGUAGAAGACAAAAAAAUUAUCCCGCUAAAUGUGCUAGACAGGAAAUCAAGUACCCUAAAGCCACCAUAUAUAAGUAUUGCAGGUGAUGCCCCUCCUGCAAGCUGUGUGUUUAGCCAAGUCAUGAACAUGGCAGCAUUUCUAGCACUGGUCGUGGCUGUCCUCCGCUUUAUCCAGCUAAAGCCAAAGGUCCUCAACCCUUGGCUCAAUGUGAGUGGCCUAGUGGCGUUGUGCUUGGCCUCCUUUGGAAUGACGUUACUGGGCAACUUCCAGCUUUCCAACGACGAAGAAAUACAUAACGUUGGCACGUCCCUGACUUUUGGUUUUGGCACCCUGGCCUGCUGGAUUCAGUCUGCACUAACACUCAAAAUAAACUUGAAGAAUGAAGGAAGAAAAGCAGGAAUCCCCCGAGUUGUCUUGUCAGCAGCAAUAACCCUCUGCGUGGUCCUUUAUUUCAUCUUGAUGGCCCAGAAGUUUCACAUGCACGCAGCGCGGAUACAGUGGGGCAUGGUGAUGUGCUUCCUCUGCUACUUCGGCUCCUUCGCUGUAGAGUUCAGACAUUACCGCUUUGAGAUCAUUUGCUCCGAGUACCAGGAGAAUUUCCUCAGCUUUUCCGAAAGCCUCUCCGAAGCAUCUGAGUACCAGACGGAUCAAGUUUAACCCAGCUUGUCAUGGCAUUGGGGGGCAUGCAGUCACAUGAUUGGCCCCAUUUCCCACUUUAAAAAAAAUACUUCUUUGUUUUUCACACCUGCAAUCACCGGUAAGUUGCCAAAAGGGUCUCCCGAGGGCAGAACUAGGUGCUGCAAAAGCUCCGGAGCUGCUGACGCUCCAUCUCUCCCCCCCCCCUCCCAUUUUUCUCAUGUCUUUUGCAACACAGCACGUGAUGUGAUGUCCUUGGGCUGUGCACCUCCUCCCCAUGCGCCUCUUAGCAUUGGUUGGCAGAAGUGGGAAAUAUGUAUAGUCCGAUUAAGCCACAUCCUAUGCUAUACCUUACAAAGAAGAGGCAGCGUCGGGAUACAGAGCAGCUGUAGCUCUCGUAAGACCUAGUUCCACCCUGAGGGUGGCUAUGAACGGGAGAGAGAGAGUCUUGUAAAUUCCUCUGAGAAGCCGUAAUGAAUUUUAGAACAAGAUCGCACUGGCACCUCACCCUCUAUGAUCUCGUCUGCACAUCAGUGUCCUGCACUCCUAAGUGCCAACUUUGAAUUGCAGGAUGUGCCCCUAAAAUGGCAGAUGCUCCCCCCCCCCCAAUAGGGCAGCAGGGGGAUCUGGGCACACAGUCUGUGGUGGUCACAGUAGUUCUAGGACGCAACCCAGGGUUUCCUCCUCUGCCUUUAAGUCUGAUGCUGAAUCAGGAGACCUGGAAACCACAACUUCAUCCAUCCCCUUCCAUAGUCUGUUGUACCAAGUAGGUCCCCCUGUAUAGCACACAGCAGGCGCGACGGUGCUGACAAAAGGACCAGGAAUGUGUGUGUGUGUGUGUGGAUGACAAGAAACCACAACUGCUUUGUCUCUUGAUUCAGCUAUUGAUUUAAAGCAAGGGGGUGAGAAAUUCAUAACACUCCAGAUGUUUUGGCCUACAACUCGCAUCGUCCCUCCUCACCAUUGCUGGCUAGGGCUAUUGGGAGUUGUAGGCCUAAAGAUCUGGCGGUCCCAAAGGAGAGAAACACUUUCUCAGGACUCCAAACCUUUUAUUUACAAGAACCCUGACAUGUUUCAGCUGGUUUCUUAUUCUGAGGCCUUCCUCAGGGAGUAGAGAGAAAUGUCUGCAGGGUAGCAAAAAGAGUGACUCCAGUAUUCAUCUACUGGGUUUCUUAUUCUGAGGCCUCGGAAGAAGGCCUCGGAAUAAGAAACAGGCCAAGACAUGUCAGGCUUCUUGUGAACAAAAUAUUUUGCCUCCUGAGAAUGUGUUUCUCUCCUUUGUGACCAACUUUGGAUGCUCACCUCCUCCUGUUCCCCCCCCCCCAAAUAUCUGAAGGGCCACAAGUUGCCCACCUUUGGUUGCAGUCUGCUCAUCCCUGGGUUGCUGUCUGCUCAUCCCUAUGCAUUGCCUCCCCACUUUCCGUAUAUUAAGCAGCUUUUAAAAGCCCAGGUGCUCUGCUGGGGUGGGUGGGGAAUAUCUGGCAAUCCUAGAAUCAGCUUAGUCCACUAGAGCACCAGGAUGAGAGAGAGAAGGGGCAUUUCUCUCUCUUCUCCUUAAACUCAGGGUUAGGGUUGUUGGUGUUUUUCCUCUGUUAGGACUCCUGUCCCUGUAAGUGUUGUCUGCCAUGCUGAAAUAUAGCGGUGGACACUGCUGGCAGAGAGCGACGGGACAGAUUCCACCUGCAGAAUGUCUGCAUUUCAGGCAGCAGACCUGUUUUGGUAAGAUAUUGGCAAUUAGAUGCAGAAGCGGACGGGGCUCCUGCACCUUUCAUGGAUGUGUAGAAGAGAGAAGAUUAGUAGGUCUACACAGCCGUUAAAGGAGCAAGAGCCCUGUCUUUUUUUUUUUUUUGCAUGGCCACAAUAUUGGCCAUCCUAUUCACAAAACGCCUGGUAUCUAACUUCAAACACAGAAAGUUGCUUUAACUCUUCUGAUACCUGUGGUCCAGGCAUCUUAGUCCACAGUUGUUCAUUGCUAGGCAGCUGAUCAGAGUAAUGAAAAUAAAACCUAGCCUGGUCUCUCUUCUGACUUUAACAUUAGUUUGAUGUGCAGAAAUCAGCAGGUGAAGCUUUUCAUGGCAUGGAGAUAAUAAACAUGAUCAGCUGCUAAUGUCUGCAUUUCAAUUAAUGUCCAUUUACAGCUACGGAGGCCAUUUGGCAACCCCAAUUGUGGACUGAGGUCUUUUAAACUGAAACACUCACAGUGAAAUCUUAUGCGUUCUUCUUCUUCUUCAUCAUCAUCAUCAUCAUACUUAUACCCCGCUCCUCAACCACAAAAGGUUCUCGGAGAGGCUUCCAGUUAGCAAAAAAGACAGUCCCUGCCCUCAGGCUUACAGUCUAAUAAAGACAUGACACACAAGGAAAAGGAGUUCAGGAGGGAAGACGGGAAAGAGAGAGAGAGAGAGAGCAAGCCCCAUUGAACAGAGUGGGACUUUUGAGUAAAUAUACAUAGGAUUAGAAUGGCACUAUCAGAGGUCGUGGUUCUUUUUUAACAUCAAUAUAACCCGUCCAAAACAUUCAAGAGACUGGAGAAAUAGUUACAGGUGGAAAUGAGGCAACACCAUUGGUAGAAAGGAAGGAUUAAAAAAAUAUUUUCAAUAAAUACAGCCAACACUGCUUAGUUCUUUUCUCCUGUUAUUGAUGGUCACGGAGUCCAGUUAAACGCUUCUAUUUUAACUUCCAGAAACAGGAGACUGGUCAAAAUGGCAACGUUGCUUUGGGCCAAAAUUUGCUGUUCAAAAUGAAAUAUUUAAACAAAUAUCUCAAUCAACAGGAUAAUAGAUAUAAGGGGGGGUUGUAAGUGAGAGGCACAGCUCUCUCUCUUAUGCACAGCUAUGGAGAGCAUGGAAGAAACAUACAGAUACUGAGACGCACACAAACACACAUAGCUAAAGUAGGUUUCUGUUCAAAUGUGAUUUACUGUAAAUAGUUCACUGUGAUUUUUUUUAAAUAAAUGUUUAUGUUGUGUCAUUUUAUAUUUUGAAAUUUUAUUGGAAGAGAAAACAAAUUGUGAAUGAUUUUUCUUCUCUCCUGCCCUCCACUUAAUAUGCAGCCCAAGCUGAAAUUCAAGCUUUUUUGGUGUAUAUUGUACAUUUCUUAAAUUUCUUAUGGCACAUUUCAGUACAGCAGAUUAAUAAUUGUACACUGAAACAUGACCACUAAAUAAAUUUCU